CUGUGAAGGUUGUGAUAGCUGUCGGUUUGGCGAGCGCUGGAAAAGAAUAUUUUCACCGUCAGUCUCAUUUGUGGAGUGUGAAGAGCAGAUGUGGAUGUUUAACUGUGAGGAUGACGCGCUCUUCAGUGUAAUGGUGCGUGAGAUGUUGAUCAUCACAGAAAUGUGCUGACGAAUGAGCUCAGCAGUUUGCCAAUAACAUGUUGUCCACCGAGGCUGCCAGAGAGUUUCAAGCUAAAGAGCGUAAAUGCAGAAACCAGCUGAAGAAGCGAUUGGCAAAUGCUCUGUCAGGAGAUCUGAACCGGCUACUGCAGGAGGAGCAGGAGAGCGACGUCACUCUGUGUGUUGGUUCUGCUGUUCGGCUGAAGGCCCACAGGGCUGUGCUGCUGGCCAGAGCUCCUCACCUCCUGCAGGGAACCGAACCAACUACACCUGUCAUCAACCUGCAGGAGACUGAACCUGCGGCCCUCACCGACUUUAUACAAAAAGUGUACACAGAAGACAAGUGCCUGGCGAAGGAGAAUAGCGCCUUAAAUAUCCACAAUGGCCAUUCGCUGCUAGUGAACGGCAAUGUAGCAAAAGGCCAUGAUGUUGAGUCUCAGGUCAGCUCUGACUCAGAUUCAGCACAGUUUGAGCCAGCGUCAGGGCUUGGGUCAGAUCUUUUGGCUUUUUAUCAGAGGGGUGAAAUGUCUGACAUCAGCAUCCAGGUGGCAGAUAGAGUCUUUUCAGCACACAGGGCCAUUCUAUGUGCGCGCUCACAGUAUUUCCGAGCGAUGUUAUGUGGCAGUUGGAUGGAGAGUUUGCGUCAGUGUAUCACUCUGCAGGGCCUGGGUCCAGAAGAUAUGGAGAUUCUGCUUCAUUUCAUGUACGGCGCCAUCCUAGAUUUCCCACCAGGAACAAAUGUCAGUCAGGUUGUGUUAGCAGCAGACAUGUUGGGCCUGGAGGGUCUGAAAGACGUGGCUGAGAUGGUCCUGACUCGGGACUACUGUCGUUUUUUUCCAAAGCCUGUUGAUGGAGUUCAGAAAUCCAUUCUGGAGUGCCUCGCCAUUACACACUCGAUAGGCCUGCACGAUCUCUACAGCUCCUGUGUUAGAUGGGUAGCUGAGCACUUUGUGAAGUGCUGGUCUGAAAGAAAUUUUGCCCUUCUUCCUCCCGAACUGCAGAGAGAUUGCCUUGAUACUGUCACCAAAAACAUGACAAUCCAGAGUGUAGUGUCUGUACUGUGUGGCAGCGAGCAGCUGAUUGGCAGCCUGCCGGAGGUAAAAUGGGCCAAGCAGGUGCUGAGUUUGGCCAGCGAACUGCAGGAAGAGUGUCUACGGAUGGUUGUCAAACACCUGCCCCGGGUCACGCACACCGCUGCCUUUCACGAUCUCCGGAGGAGAGAAGAGUUCACACGUGACCCUACGCUAAUGAGGAAGGUGUGCAUAGCUGUUCGAGAGGGCGUUACUGUGGAGAACUGCUGUGACCUCUUUACUGCUGUGAAUCGGCUGAGCGGUGACCCUACUGAGGUGGACGUUAUCACAAAUGACCAAGCAAGUCAGGAGGAGCUGAAGCCAUUCAGCCGUGAGCUGUGUUUGCUGCGCACGAGGCUCUGGACCUUCCUGCUUCAGUCCUUCUUUGCGGUUAAACACACACAAGGAUGGGAGUCUCUGCAACCAAGAUAUCGAGAAAAAAUACUUGCAGCUGCUCUUGAUAAAGGAGACUGCAGACGGCUUGGAAAAAAACCUGUGCUCACCAGCUCUCAGAAGCCUACAAAAUGCCUCUCGGGCACUUCAUCCCCAUGUGAUAGUCCUACUCGUCGUCCUGUUAAGGUAUCACAAGGUCCACGUGCUUCCCCUACAAGAUCUGUAGCAGCAGCAUCAGGCACCAUGAAGUCUGAUGCUCUUGGGCCAACAGCUCACUCUGGGAAAACAAAAGCUAGUAACAACACCUCGCUUAAAAGCAAGAAUGAUAAGGUUAAACCAACUCACACGCCAGCUAAAGCCAAGACUACGUCUACUGUUAAACCGGUACUGAAUGGCGCUACUGGUGUCACUGCACGAGAGAAUUCCACUGCUUCAGGUGCUCGUGGCUCACCAACAGGGAAGACAGCACUGGACAGGAAGCCAAAUCCAGGAGCAAGGCCAAAGUCUUCUGCUGCUGGAUCUGAUCUCUCAGCUGCCCAUGCUAAAGGAGGAAAGGUGCAGAAAAACACAAUGUCAGGGAAAGAUCUGACUCAGGAAACAGCCAGCAAUGCUCUUUCUAACUCUGGAAGCACAUCACCAGACAACAGCACUGGUAGCCCACGCAACAAUGGCCACUGUACACCAACAGGUCUCAGGUCAAAACUUCAAACUAAGGUAGCAACAACAAAAUCUCCUCUGUCUAAACCUGCUCAAAAACCCGAUACAGAAAAGACUAGCAGCCCCACGAAUAAAUCAAGCAAGGCUAAGCCUACCACAACCAGCCGUGCAGUAUCUGGAACUCUUGCAUCUCGUUCAGAUCCAAAGAGCAAAGGCGCUUUAUCAGGCCUUUCAGACAACCAAGCCUCAUCCAGACUUGGCUCAACUCUUAUUUCUAGCAAGCCUGCCUUGACAAGAAAAGAGGUAGAGAAAGAUAUAUCUAAACCUUCAACUAUUAAGAAGACAACAAAAGCUAUCUCUGAGUCAAGGUCAAGCGUCAAAGCUUCCACGUCUUCCUCCAAGCAGACACCUGCUGCUCCAAUCAAAACAGGACCUAAACACAAGGCUCCAGAAAUCCUUCCGGCAAAGUCAUCUGUAAAACCCUCAGGGGUAGUCAAAAACCCAACACCUGCUGGCUCUAAAAAAACAGGCACUGCUGUGAAAGAUUCAGUAUCUAACCUCAAACACUCAGACUUAAAAAAGGCCACACAGCAGUUACAUACAACUUCUACUGAAGGUAAGACAGAAAGCAAAGAUAAUGCAUCUUGUAUGGGUGGUUCUGUAGUUCCUUCAGCCCUAGAGCAACAUUCACUAGUCAACCCGGCAGUACCAGACCAGCCAGAAGUGGUCUCCAAGAGUAUACCAGCAACUUCCACACAGGUUAAUAAUAUGGACCAAAAUAGUGAUCCUGUGAGUAAACGUAGUAGCACAGAGAUGAAAACUCAAUCAGUUAUUCCGCACAUGCCAUCAUGUGCUGCUGGACAGAGUGAGGUAAGCAGUAAAUUGGCCAAAGGCCAUGCAAUUCCAUCCAGUUCUUCUGGGCCAUUUCAGGGCCUCAACUCUAUGAAGUCAAAGGACUCAGACCUCCCUCCUGAUACACCUUGCAGUCUAGGAAGCAUUGAAACACCAUUAGAAGACUCAUGGAAUGGACUUCAUCCUCAAGUUAGCCCGGAGUCAGAGACUGGCAGUGCCACAACAUCUUCUGAUGAUAUAAAGCCACGAUCAGAGGAUUAUGAUGCUGGUGGCUCACAGGAUGAUGACUGUUGCUCCAAUGAGCGAGGUGCUUCAAAAUGCGGGACUAUGCGCUGCCCUGACUUCCUGGGCCGGAGCAGCAGUGACACCAGCACACCUGAGGAGCUCAAGAUUUAUGAGAGUGGUGCUGGACUACGUGUUGAGGUACGGCUCAGAGGACGGGAGGCAGAGACUACAAGUGAAGAAGAGGUAGGGCGUCAAAGACCACGAUCGUGGAUCAGAAAAGAUGAAGUGCCAAUGGAGGAUGAACCUUGUGAAAUGGAUGCCACAUUAAAAAACUUAAAGGGUGUACCUGACCACCAACUUUUCUCCUCUGAGGAAGAAGACGAAGAGGAGGAAGAAGAAGAGGAGACUGAAGAUGAAAGAUCGGAAGUUGAGGUGCUACCAAGAGGAAUAGCUCCUCCAAUUGCAGAGCCACCUCAACAGUUCCAGGGUAUUGUCAACCUUGCAUUUGAAGAUCCAGCAGACCAAGAGAAUGAGCAACCAGAGUACCAGUCAGCUUCCAACUUUCGGCGCUCUGUUUUACUUUCUGUGGAUGAGUGUGAGGAGCUUGGAUGCGAGGAAGGAGGUGCCCAGACUCCAACACAAGAGUCAGGUGAUUCUAUCACAAAUGGUGAUGUUUUCGACAACGAACCUCACAAUUCAAAGACAGACAACUUUUCCCAGCAAUCCACAAGCACAGUAAAGGGAAACCAUAUCUCUAACCACCAGGAAGUCCAACAGGAACCUAAACCUGUGGUAUUCCUGACAGAGGUCCAAGGGUCUCCACAAGAGGAUUGUGUGUUUAAUCAGUCUAACAUAUCUGACAAAGAUACAAGUGACGCUCCAGCACAGGAGCGGCCUAGUCACCUGGACCUCCGACUGGCAGAACAAUAUGGCAAUCUCCAGGCCAAACAUAAAGACAGCAGAAAAGCUGAAUUACGACUAGACUUAUCUGAGCCACAGCUGACUGUGAGCUCGCCUGCACAUUCUCCAGCAGGGGAUUUUGAUGCUUGUGACACAUUGGAUCAAACCUGCACACAUGAGCGGCGGUCGUCUAAAGCCCUGUCCCCCAUUUAUGAGAUGGACGUUGGAGAAGCCCUCGAACAAAGUUUGGAUGCAGACAAGAGCACUGAUCACCAACAGGACCUUUCUCAUCGGGAUGAUAGAGGAGUAGAGACGGAAGACAUGGACAAUAAAGGCAGUAAGUUUGCAGAGAGAGACUGGAGUCUGCUUAGACAGCUAAUGUCGGACCAGGAGUCCAAUCUGGGCAUCAUAAACUCAGUCCCAGAAGAUUUAAACCUGGCACAGUAUCUGAUCAAGCAGACGCUGUCCUUGUCUCGAGACUGCUUGAAUGAACAGGACUACUUGUAUCAUGAAAAAGAGACAUUUAAGCGCUGGGCUGAGCUUAUUUCUCCACUGGAGGACUCCACCACCAGCAUCACUGUGACCAGCUUCUCUCCUGAAGACGCUGCUUCUCCGCAGGGCGAGUGGACCAUUGUGGAGCUGGAGACGCAUCACUGAUGGUAGAACUGGACAGGGUUAUCACUUUCUUCCUUUGUUUUGGGGAGAAAUUCAGAUCAGUAGCAGCUUAAGUUAUCUGGAUUACAUGUCAUUUUAUGUGUCAUUGGAUAUAUGAGGGACUGGGGUAAUGACCUCAGUCUUUUUGCAUGUGGGCAGUUUUCUAUUGUUUACUUGAUGGGUAUCGCUUGAAUCUUUGUAUAAAACCAAAAAGGCAUUUUUCUUGUUGCUCUUUUUUGUCUUUGAAUGACGAUGCUUCUCAAAUGUUUUCAGAAAAAAAGUAUAGAAAGUAUAUAAGUGGAUCUGGUUUACAUUCAUUGUUGUAUUUAAUAAAGAAUAAAUAAAAACUGAGUGUUUUAAUUGUUUA